CCCUCACCAAAGAUGGUGGUGGGAGGCGUUCGCGUUGUCCAGGGAAGGGUCAACAGCGUGACGCGUUUUACUUCCGGGUGAGCGCCGCUAGGCGCCAUAUUGUCUUGUUCGUGAAGACGAGGAGCGAAGGGGGGGAGAAAACGGCCGUGAACCGAUAGUAACGGCAGCACCUGCGGCGGGAGGCGGGGGAGAUUGUAAGUAGCGGUGCGGGCAGCCCUCGCCGAAGCUCCUGGGGAGGGGCUGGCGGUUGAAGUAUAGACUAUAUAAAGAAUUAAAAGAUGUGGGAUCAAGGUGGACAACCUUGGCAGCAAUGGCCUUUGAACCAACAGCAGUGGAUGCAGUCAUUUCAGCACCAGCAAGAUCCAAGCCAGAUAGACUGGGCUGCAUUAGCUCAAGCAUGGAUUGCUCAGCGAGAAGCCUCCGGACAACAGAAUGUGGUGGAGCAACAGGGAAUGAUGCCAAAUGGACAGGAUGUUUCAGGAAUAGAAUCUGGUUCAAACAACCAUAAUAAUUUUCAGGGGGAUCCCAACUUCAACAGAAUGUGGCAGCCAGAAUGGGGAAUGCCUCACCAACCCCCUCAUCCACCUCCAGAUCAGCAGUGGAUGGCUCCAACCCCAGGUCCGAUGGAAAUUGUUCCUCCAUCUGAAGACAGCAACAGUCAGGACAGUGGGGAAUUUGCUCCUGACAACAGGCAUAUAUUUAACCAGAACAAUCACAACUUUGGGGGACCUCCCGAUAACUUUGCAAUGGGGCCAGUGAACCAGUUUGACUAUCAGCAUGGGGCUGCCUUUGGUCCACCCCAAGGUGGAUUUCAUCCUCCUUAUUGGCAGCCGGGACCACCGGGGCCACCGGGGCCACCAGCACCUCCUGCACCUCCUCAGAAUCGAAGGGAAAGACCCUCGUUUAGAGACCGUCAGCGUUCACCUAUUGCGAUGCCAGUGAAGCAGGAGCCUCCACAAAUUGAUGCUGUGAAGCGUAGAACUCUUCCUGCCUGGAUUCGUGAGGGCCUGGAAAAGAUGGAACGAGAGAAACAGAAAAAACUGGAAAAAGAGAGGAUGGAACAGCAACGUUCACAAAUGUCUAAAAAAGAAAAAAAAGCAAGCGAGGAGGCUGAAGAAGGGGAUGGUCCACGGUUACCUCAGAAAAGUAAAUUUGACAGUGAUGAGGAAGAUGAAGAUGCUGAAAACACAGAAGGUGUAAGUGUUGGGAAAAUCAGCAGGAGUCCAUCCCCAGCUCCUCAAGAGGAGCAAAGUGAACCAGAAAUGACAGAAGAAGAAAAGGAGUAUCAAAUGAUGUUGCUGACAAAAAUGCUGCUGACAGAGAUUCUUUUAGAUGUCACAAAUGAAGAAAUUUAUUAUGUGGCCAAAGAUGUACACCGUAAAGCAACUAAAGCUCCUGCAAAACAGCUGGCACAGUCCAGUGCACUGGCUUCCCUCACUGGACUCGGUGGACUGGGUGGUUAUGGAUCAGGAGACAGUGAAGAUGAGAGGAGUGACAGAGGCUCUGAAUCAUCUGAUACUGAUGAUGAGGAAUUACGACACAGAAUCAGGCAAAAACAGGAAGCAUUUUGGAGAAAAGAAAGAGAACAGCAACUAUUGCUAGAAAAACAGCUAGAAGAAGAAAAACUACAAAAUGAAAAAGUUGCAAAAGAGAUGAAUGAAUUUAUCAGCAAAGAACAAAACAGUAAUUUCACAUCACAGGAGGGAAAAGAAAUUGAAGCAGAUAUGAUUCAUGAAAAGAAAAGAUCUCCAAAUGCAAUCAUACCUGAUACAGAACCCAAAAAAGAGGGUAAAGAAAAAGAGAGGACAGGAAAGAGUAGGUCAAGAAGCUCUAGUAGCGGUAGCACUAGCAGCAAUAGCAGAAGCAGUAGUAGUAGCAGUACUGCGUCUAGUUCAUCAUACAGCACUAGCUCAGGUAGUAGUCGCAGUUCUUCACGUUCUUCCUCUCCUAAAAGGAAGAAGAGACAUAGUCGCAGCAGAACCCCUUCACAUAAAGUUAGGCGCAGUAGAAGCAGGAGUUACUCUCGUAGAAACAGGAGAGAGAGAAGUAGGAGUAGGGAAAAAAUAAGGGAAAGGAGAAGACCUAGUAGAAAUCGGAGCGCUGAAAGAGGGGAGAGACGAAGAAAUCCGAGUCCUUCCCGAGAGAGAAGUUGGGAUAGACGCAGAAGUAGUAGUCGCUCAAGAGGACGAGUUAGCCAUGCUAGUCGCAGCAGAAGUAGGGAUAGACGUAAAAGUGAAGACCAGCGUAGAAGUCCAACUGGAAAUAGGCACAAACAUAAAAGUGAUGGCAAAGAUCAAGAAAGGAAAAAAGAGCAAAGUGGAAGUACAGAUAAAGAUAGGAAAAAGAACAGAGAAAGGGAGAGAGAUCAGGAAAAAAGAAAGGAUAAGCCAAAAAAAGAAGAGAAAGAAAGUAAGGCCAGCAAUCAUGAUGACAGUAAUAGAUUAAAGAGAAAAAGAGACGGUGAAAGAACUUUCUCUCGCAGUGAUUCAAUAUCUGUGAAAAUAUUAAGACAGGAUUCCAGACAAGAAAGCAAAAAAAGUUCUACCAAAGAUAGUAAAAAACAUUCAGGCUCUGAAUCUAGUGCAAGGAGUAGUUCUGAAUCACCAGGAAGCAGUAAAGAAAAGAAGGCUAAGAAAUCGAAGCAUAUUCGAUCAUGCUCCAUGGAGAAAUCUCAAAGGUCUGGUAAGAAGGCAAGCCGCAAACACAAGUCUAAGUCACGAUCAAGAUCAACGACUCCUCCUCGUCGUAAACGUUGAGGAAUGAUAUGGCACCAGUGCUAUGACGUUUAAAAAUUCCAUGAGUUAUAAAAGGCUUGUCUCAUUAUAGAGGCACAUUGUGGCUAUGUAGGUGAAACCAGAAUCCUUUUUUUAUCUGUAAAUAGGUGUAUUUUUUCCAAAUGCUGCUCAGAAUUAAAUACCUAAUAGGAUUUCUUUGUAUUACAUUUUUUCAAGAACGGUAGUGCUUAAUAAGAAUAUAAAACAUGCCAUUCUCUUUCAGCUGUAAUGUUCUUAAAUUACUAUUGAAUGUACUGUGAUGUCAAUAAAGCUCUUUAGUUCAUUUUUGUUUAAAAUUCUUGCACCUGAAUUUUGUGUUAAACUGUAGAAAGUACUUAAAAAAAAAAGGCAGCUUUUUGGUAUAACAAAUUUUUGAAUUACUUGAAAAAAGAUUUUAACGUAAAACACUUGUCAAAAUAUGUUAUCCAUGGACUUGAUAAGCUUAAUCUGUUGGGUGAGGAGUGUGGAGAACACAGUAUAGACAUCUUAUUUUUCUUUAGAUAUGUGUAAUAGAUUUUUAAUCUCUUUUUUUAUUUGGACUAUGAAGUGACAUACGCCGUGUGUGUAAAAUGUGGGUCACUGUAAUACAAGCUAUACUUAAACAGACUGAACCCCUUUAGGAAUAUGUGCAACUAACUGAACUUGUGUGAGAGUGUUAAGCUCUGGAACUAUAUUCCUCACCCACUUUUAUUUGGUGUUCAGAGAAAACUUUUUGGACCGUCAGGGAUAUUACAGGAACAAGACUCAGCAUUUUAGAUUUAUUGAAUAUAUUUGUAAAGGGCACUCAGUACACAUUAGAAAACUGACAGUAGAUAAACUUUAUAUUUUGGCAUGUGCAUCAAAUGCAUAGUCAACAUUAAAACUGAUUAUUUUUGUUAGUGUUAUGAGAAUUGUGAUUCCUGUAAAGUUAAUACAUUGGUUAGACGGCAACUUAACUAAAUCCUUGAUUUUAAUAUUACCAUGAAGUGAAAGAAGUUGGUGAUUACAUCCUUGUUCAGGAAAUAAACUGUUGUUAGUAACAAGACUAAUAAAAGAACCAAAAAACAA